AGUUUUGGAGCAUUUCGUAUUUUCGUUGCAUUAGUACUCCAAAAUAUACUCCAAAAUUUGGAGUUCAAUUAAAAAUAAUUUGUUUUAAUUAAGACAACAAUAUGAGUGAUGAAAAAAUUCAAUUUAAAAAUAAUGUAAAAAAAAAACCAUUAAGAAAAAGAAUUGUUGAUUCUGAUGAAAGUGAUAAUGAUGAUGAUAAUAAAGACAUUGACAUAAGAAAUAAAGUUGAAGAUAUGAAAAUAAUUCAAAAAUUACGUGAACGUCCAAAUGGAGUUAAUGUAAUUGGUCUAGCACUUGGUGAAAAAGUUCCACCAGAUGCAACCUCAUCUGAUUUAUUAAAUAUUAAAACUGGAGGUUUGGUAAAUGCACAUAAAAGUUCAAAAUUUAAACAGGAUGAUGCACAUGAGACUGGUAUUGGUACACAAUUUAAUGCUGAAACAAAUAAACGUGAUGAAGAUGAAGAAAUGGUCAAAUAUAUAGAAGAAGAAUUAUCAAAACGUAAAAAGAAACAAAAUUUAAAUAACUCAGAUGAUCAAGCAUCUGAUAAUAAAAGUAAUUAUUGUUCACCUGAAGAAGCUGCAUUACAAGCUGUACCUGAACAUCUCAGACAAAGUUCAACACAUAGAAGUGAAGAAAUGUUGUCAAAUCAAAUGUUAUCUGGUAUACCAGAAGUUGAUCUUGGUAUUGAAGCUAAAAUAAAAAAUAUCGAAGCAACUGAAGAGGCUAAAUUAAAAUUACUUUGGGAAAGACACAGAAAGAAGGAUGGUCCUUCACAAUUUGUACCAACAAAUAUGGCUGUUAAUUUUGUACAACAUAAUAGAUUUAAUAUUGAUGAAAGUGAUGUGAGAAAAGCAAAACAAGAAGCUGAUGCUAGAAAACGUUUUGAUGCUAGAGAACAAGAAAAAGGAAAUAAACGUAAAGAUGGAGAAAAAGCAACUGAUGAUUAUCAUUAUGAAAGAUUUAAAAAACAAUUUAGAAGAUUUUAAAUUUUAGUAUUUAUUUAUUUUCAUGUACAAACGUGAAAUAACAUUAGUGUAUUUUUUGUAUAAUAUUUAUGAGAAUUAAAUGGAGUACAACACUUUCUUCAUCACAACAUGGAUAAGUAAAACUGGAUAAGAAUUGGGUUCAAGAUUUUUUUAUAAUGCUGAUAGUAUCAUCAAUGGUUUUCUCAAUAAAAAAUCUCAAUAAAGAUCAAAGUUUUAUUAAACAAGAGCGAGAUUGUAUAUAUUUUCGUGUAUCUUUAUUGUAACCAUUAUAUUCAUCAUAAUUAAAAUUUUUAUUAAUCACU